GCCUAUGGGGUAAUGAAUAAUUUAUUCAUAUUUCCUUUCCCAUUUGAUGGCCAUAGUGCGAACUCCUUCCUUAUUGUUUCACUGCGCUGGGGCUGAUGCAUUGAAAUCAUAAGCGCCAAACAUUUAUUUGCUUUCUGUCUGAUUUUAUCUUAUUUUCUUUUCUCUACCUAUUUUCUCUACUUUCUUUCUCAGCGGCUUCAGAAUUUAUUUAUUACUUGCUUUUUUCUUCUUCUCUCUUUAUUCCCCUCCCGUCCCCGCCAGUUUUCGCUUAUGGUACCACAACAAAAGUCGUUCGAAGCUUUCUGAUGACGGUAAACGGUGAGGGUGCUAUUGGGGAUCCCGAAAAAGUCACACGACGCUCCCAGACUAAUAAACAAGCAUCGGCACUUCCUCAAACUCGACAGGAGACCAUGGGUAGCCCAGAGGGUGGGAUCCGCGGCCUUGUACGCAUCAAGUCGGCGGGAGAAUCAGGACGAAGCGGCGUACAUCCUCUCCAAUUCCUGGCCAUCGUUUGGCGAUCUACUAGUUGGAUAUCGAGAGCUGUAAACAUCCUCUGGCCUUUUGUACCCGCCGCAAUUGCUCUCCAUUUUUCGGUUCUUGAGGGCCAUGAUAUACUCAAGUUCAGUAUAGCGUAUAUCGCCAUGGUUCCAUGCGCAAAUCUCAUCGGAUUCGCUGGCCAGGAGCUAGCUAGGAAGAUGCCGCACAUGCUUGGUGUUCUCGUCGAGACCACGAUUGGAUCCAUCGUCGAAAUUAUCUUAUUCAUGGUUCUGCUUCGUAAUAACCAGUACUACGUUAUUCAAGCUGCCAUUCUCGGAUCUAUUUUAGCUAAUAUGCUACUGUGCUUGGGCUUGUGUUUCUUUACUGCUGGUUUACGACGAGAAGAGGCCACAUUCCACGGUGCCGUCAGCGAAGUUGGCUCGAACCUCCUGCUUAUCGCUGGUCUUGGCUUAGCGAUCCCUACGGUUUUCCAACGCUCCAUCACGAGUACAGGCUACGACCUUACCACGGAAGAGAUUGAUGCUAGGAUCCUCAAUAUCUCGCAUAUCAUUGCAAUCCUUCUCCUUAUCGCAUAUGGCGUCUUCCUCUUCUUCCAGAUGCAUACCCACCACGGUAUCUACGACGCUGUGUUCGAGCAUGACGAGGAACGAGAUGCCGAUGGUCACAAGGACCGGGCGAAAGCCAAGUUAACAUUUACGGAGUGCAUCCUGGCACUAACCAUUUCGGUAGCCCUUGUAACGUUGAUUGCCAUUGCAUUAGUCGAUGAGAUCACGCCUAUUGUGGAACAGGGCCACGUUUCCGAUCCCUUCAUGGGCUUGAUUUUAGUUCCUCUGGUCGAAAAAGCUGCCGAACACUUAACGGCCAUCGACGAGGCCUGGGACAAUCAGAUCAACUUUGCCCUCACACAUUGUAUUGGCGCUACCAUCCAAACCGCCAUGUUAAACGCUCCGUUGGUUAUUAUUGUCGGAUGGGGUUAUGGCUUCCCGAUGGACCUCAACUUCGAACUAUUCGAUAUUGUCAUGUUGAUCCUCGCUAUUAUCACCGUUGGAAACUUCCUAAGGGACCAGAAGAGCGACUAUCUAGAGGGCUUCUUAUGUAUUAUCGUCUACGUCGCCAUCGCCGUGGCCGCCUUUUACUUCCCGAACCCCCACGAGGCCUUAAGCCACGGAGCAAGUAGUGAAGGGGGAGAGGAAGCAGCUGGCGAGGCUGCCGCUCACGUGGCAAGGUACCUGGGGCUCUCAUAGUCGACUUCAUGGGAUGUCGUAGUAUGCGUUUACCAAGUUUGGCGUUGGACGACAUCGGUUAAAAUUAUCGCAUCUCCACGGUCAAACCCGUGGAUCCAGGCGUUCCCUCGUUAUUACAGAGUCAAUGCUUUCUAGGUUCGACGAUCGAUACGAAUUCUGUUUGCCCUUAUGUGGCUACCUCUUAUUAUCUUUAUCCUAAAAUUUGGCUGGAGAGUUUGAAUAUGUAUCAGUGAGGGCUUGGGUUAGAAGAAUUCCUAUAUUUGAACGAGGGAUUGCGUUGUAGGCGUAUGAAGAUAGUAGGAUAACAAAACAGGAAUCGAGGAAAAUCAUAAUCAGUAAAACAUUAGUCAUGAUAAGUUCCUACAUACGAUGAAGGCUAUUUAUCAAUCUUGACUGUUCUAUCAAUUAGAAACCAACUCAGCUUCCCCGGAUCAAUUAAAAAGCAGGGGAAACGUACCCGGUAGGGAUAACGUAUCCACUAAUGAACCGUUCUUUAUUUAA